CCCCGCGGCUCUCUCCGGGACCGGCUCUGCCCCCCCUGCGCCCACGCCUCUCCGAGUCCCCGGUCCCCCAGCCGCGGCCCCGAUCCGGGGCGCGGCCGCCAGCGGCACCAUGCGCCUAGCAGCCCUGCUGCUCCUGCCCUCGCUGCUGGCGCUCCCGGCUCACGGACUCUCCUCGGAGACUCCGCUUGUGGGGGAAGGUCAAGCCAUGGGCAUCAGGGAGACGGAUGGGGAGCUGACCGCAGCCCCUACCCCUGAGCAGCCAGACCGAGGCGUCCACUUCGUCACCACAGCCCCCACCCUCAAGCUCCUUAACCACCACCCACUUCUGGAGGAAUUUCUUCAAGAGGGGCUAGAGCGGAGCGAGGAGGCGCCAAGGCCGGCUCUGCCCUUCCCGGCGGACUCACCUACACCCUUCACGCCAAGCCCCCUUCCCCGCCUCACCAACCAGGACAGCCGCCCAGUCUUCACCAGUCCCACUCCAGCCGUGGCUGCGGCGCCCACGCAGCCCCACGCCAGGGAGAAACCUUGGAACCUAGAGUCAGAGACCCCCGAGCUUCACAUCACAUCUCCCUUACCUGCAGGACCUAGUAUGGCCGUGCCCACCCUGUACCCAGAGGACAGACCCAGUACCACACCCCCCAGCCAGUCAUGGACUCCAACCCAGGAGGGCCCUGGAGACAUGGGCAGACCUUGGGUUCCAGAGGUCAUGUCUAAGGCCACUGGGCUUGGUAUCGAGGGGACCAUCACCACCUCCACAGCUUCAGGGGAUGACGAAGAGACCACCACCACAAUCAUUACCACCACCAUCACCACAGUCCAGCCCCCAGGCCCCUGUAGCUGGAAUUUCUCAGGCCCAGAGGGCUCUCUGGAUUCCCCCACGGCCCCCAGCUUACCCUCUGAUGUUGGCCUGGACUGUCUCUACUACAUCUCUGUCUACCCUGGAUAUGGAGUAGAGAUCAAGAGGCGUCUCACCUUGUCCUCAGAGUGUCGGGCCAUCAUCACCCACCACCUUAGCCCUCGCCUAUUCCUGGCACUGGACUUGGCUCUAGCAACAGCCGCCAGCAAGAAAAUAACUCAACAGAUUGUGGUGGUGCAGACUCCCUGGGAACGACACCUGGAGCAGGCUGGGAAGGCCCUCCCCUUCCUCACUGUCACCCAUUCUCUCUCCAUAGCCUAUCUUCUGAGCUGCCACUUUCCCCGACGUCCAGCUUAUGGUGAUGUGACUGUCACCAGCCUCCACCCAGGAGGCAGUGCCCACUUCCACUGUGCCACCGGCUACCAGCUGAAGGGUGCCAGUUUCCUCACCUGUCUCAAUGCCACCCAGCCCUUCUGGGACUCCCAAGAGCCUGUCUGCAUUGCGGCUUGUGGCGGAGUGAUUCGAAACGCCACCACCGGCCGCAUCGUCUCUCCUGGCUUCCCGGGCAACUACAGCAAUAACCUCACCUGCCACUGGCUGCUGGAGGCGCCGGAGAGCCAGCGGCUGCACCUGCACUUUGAAAAGGUCUCCCUGGCAGAAGAUGACGACAGGCUCAUCAUCCGCAAUGGGAACAACGUGGAGGCCCCACCGGUGUACGACUCCUAUGAGGUGGAAUACCUGCCCAUUGAGGGCCUGCUCAGCUCCGGCAGACACUUCUUUGUGGAGUUCACUACAGAUAGCAGCGGGGCAGCUGCAGGCAUGGCCCUCCGCUACGAGGCCUUCCAGCAAGGGCACUGCUAUGAGCCCUUUGUCAAAUACGGCAACUUCAGCAGCAGCGCACCCUCCUACCCUGUGGGUACCACCGUGGAGUUCAGCUGUGACCCUGGCUACACCCUGGAGCAGGGCUCCAUCAUCAUCGAGUGUGUCGACCUCCACGACCCCCAGUGGAAUGAGACAGAGCCAGCCUGCCGAGCCGUGUGCAGCGGGGAGAUCACAGAUUCUGCAGGCGUGGUGCUCUCUCCAAACUGGCCAGAGCCUUAUGGCCGGGGGCAGGACUGCAUCUGGGGUGUACACGUGGAGGAGGACAAGCGCAUCAUGCUGGACGUCCGAGUGCUGCGCAUAGGCUCUGGGGACGUACUGACCAUCUACGAUGGGGAUGACCUGACAGCCCGAGUCCUGGGCCAGUACUCAGGGCCCCGUGGCCACUUCAAGCUCUUUACCUCCAUGGCUGAUGUCACCAUCCAGUUCCAGUCAGACCCUGGGACCUCCGUGCUGGGCUACCAGCAGGGAUUUGUCAUCCACUUCUUUGAGGUGCCCCGCAAUGACACGUGUCCGGAGCUACCGGAGAUCCCCAAUGGCUGGAAGAACCCAUCACAGCCUGAGCUGGUGCACGGCACAGUGGUCACCUACCAGUGCUACCCCGGCUACCAGGUGGUGGGAUCCAGUGUUCUCAUGUGCCAGUGGGACCUAAGCUGGAGUGAGGACCUGCCUUCCUGCCAGAGGGUGACAUCCUGCCACGACCCAGGGGACGUGGAACACAGCCGACGCCUCAUAUCGAGCCCCAAGUUUCCUGUGGGGGCAACUGUGCAGUAUAUCUGUGACCAGGGUUUUGUGCUGACGGGUAGCGCCAUCCUCACCUGCCAUGAUCGCCAGGCUGGCAGCCCCAAGUGGAGUGACAGGGCCCCCAAAUGUCUCUUGGAGCAGUUCAAGCCAUGUCAUGGCCUCAGCGCCCCUGAGAACGGUGCCCGCAGCCCUGAGAAGCGGCUCUACCCGGCAGGGGCCACCACCCACUUCUCCUGUGCUCCUGGUUAUGUGCUGAAAGGCCAGGCCAGUAUCAAAUGCGUGCCUGGACACCCCUCGCACUGGAGUGACCCCCCACCCAUCUGUAGGCCUGCCUCUCUGGAUGGGUUCUACAACGGCCGUAGCCUGGAUGUUGCCAAGGCACCUGCCACCUCCAGUGCCCUGGAUGCUGCCCACAUGGCAGCUGCCAUCUUCCUACCAUUGGUGGCCAUGGUGCUGCUGGUGGGAGGUGUAUUCCUCUACUUCUCCAGGCUCCAGGGGAAGAGUCCCCUGCAACUUCCCCGGACUCAUCCUCGCCCCUAUAACCGCAUCACGGUAGAGUCAGCAUUUGACAAUCCAACUUAUGAGACUGGAGAGACGAGAGAAUAUGAAGUUUCCAUCUAGGUGGGAGCAGCCUGGGGAUACACAGGCAGACCUACAGCACAGGCCAGUGGCAGGGCUCCCCGCUCUCUGCUCUCCCCUCACCUCCUGUACAGACCACCUGGGAAGACACCACUGGUCCCUCGAGAAGUUGUGCCCUUCCCUGCCUGCAAUGCCCACAGUGACCUGUUUUCUUGGCACCACUGCCCACUUAGGGCCCUUCUUUGGGUUCAAGUCAGGAGGGACCUGACUUGGCUAGAACAUAGCUGGAGCACAUUACCAUCAGCCAACAUCCUCCUGCUUCUCUGCCCUGGACCUCCAGUCUGGAAGCUGCGGGCAGAGCAGGGGCACAUACUAUCCAGCCUUGGUAUGUGGGAACUCCAGAAGAGCUGACUUGACAGCAGUGGAAAUGAGACCAGGGUACCCUCACAGGGUCAACACCAGUGGCCAAAAUUCUUCUCAACAGUGACCUCUUGGUAGUCUCGGCAUGCCAACACCAGCCCCUCAGGGAGGUUUCUAGUCCCUUUCUAAAGGCUCAGAAUUGGACAGUCAGGCCUUCUGCCUGUCUGUCCCGGGGAAGUGAUGACUUUAAGGAAUCCUAAAAGGUUCAGGGACUCUAUCCCAAGCUCAGGCUGGGCUUCACUGGAUGCACGUACUCCACACCACAGCAGGACACCCUACUGCUCCCCGGCACCCUCUGCCCCGGGGGUGGGGUGGGGGAUGACCUUGACGUUUAACCUUGACGUUUAUCUGGCUGUUACAAAUGUCCCCUUCCCUAUCGGUCCCUCUUCUAAGCCUCUUCCCAUGCUUCCCCCUCCUGCUGCUGCAUUAUGGCAUGCUGGGAAAGAGAGCAGGUACAUUCUGGAGAGGAGCAGACGUCCAAGGACCCAGGAAUGUGGCACAUAACAGAAGUCAGAAACCCCCAGGAGGAAGCUCAGUCUGGACUGAAGGCCGCUUUGUACAUAUUGAUGUAUCAUACGGGGUCUGGGCUCCAGCCAGAAAACAAUCUUUUAUUUCUGUUGUUUCCUUAUUAAAAUGGUGUUUUUGGAAAAAAAAAAAAAUCAAGCAAUGUGAAUGGUACUUUCUUGGAGGGAAGAGAGGUGGUAGGGGAAUGCAGUGUGGACCGUGGCGUGUGAAGACCCACUGCAUGCACUGAUCAAUCAUCCCCAGAUUUUAUGAGAAAAAGAAAACAUUGUGUGUAGUUAAACAAGUAAUGCUGCCCCAAAGAUGUUAGUGCCACGCAUGGCAGCUGGUUACUG